CGACUUAAGAUGUACAUGUACCUAAAGAAUUAGGGUGAGAUCCACAAGUGGCAGCGGAAGUGUAAAUAGAUGGACCCUCACCAACCCACCCAGACUUGGUCCAAGGUUCCCCCGCCGUCGAUGUCUCCCUCGUCCAAAACCAGAAUCCACCAAACCUCUCGAACUAUAUCCCCAAUUCAUCAUGAUCUUUUUAGUCUGUCCACUUCAUCAUCACCAUUAUUUAGAAUCCCCCCCCCCCCCCCUUUCUGUCUCUAAAUCGAGUAGCAGCCACAGAGAAAUGAAGCAGCAGCAAGGCCGGAAGCUCCUGCAAUACGACAGCAGUCCGACCGGAACCCUCACCGGCUCGUCACCGCCGAGGCUACCCGUCGCCAGUAAGCUUAAUUCCGCCUUCGACUCCUCCAUGGCCCUCACCGCCCUCAUCCUCCUCUCCGCUCUCUUCUUCGUCGGCUUCCUCUCCAUCUACAUCCGCCACUGCGCCGAGGACGCCACCGAUUUCCCCCCCCGCCGCCGCCGCCGGCAAAGCCCUCCCACGUGGCGUCCCUGCUCCGGCUCCGCCAAAGGCCUUGACCCCGACGUCGUCCGGUCCCUGCCGGUGCUGUCUUACGGUGGGGGCGAGAAGCAUCCGAUCGACUGCGCCAUCUGCCUGAGCGAGUUCGAGGAUAGAGAGAUGGUGAAGAUGAUUCCGUAUUGCCGCCACGUGUUCCACCCGGCCUGCAUUGACACGUGGCUUUCGGCCCAUGUGUCGUGCCCGCUUUGUCGCACGACCCAGAUGUCGGCAGUGGCGGAGGUCCGUUUGGGUCUGGGCGAGGAGGACGAUAAUCAAGGCGGGAGUGAAAAUCCGAUCAGAUUGACGGCGGACGACGGUGACACGCGGCAAGAGGCGGGACUGGGGGAGAGGGAGAUGAGAAGAGUGCGUAUUCAGCACGGGGGAGAUUUGGGGGGGCACGGGAGCUCUGACUUUGGUAGGUGAGAGUGGGCCCGGAGGUGUGUGUUAAUGUGUAAAUACUUGUGCGGCGCUCGGGACAUUUACUAAUUUGAUUAAUUAAUUGAUUAUACACUAUUUUAAUUUUGUGCUCCUCU